GCUCCCUGCGGGAAGCCGGGCGGGGUGGGGGAGCCCCGGCCGCGCCGGCUCCCGGCGCGCUCGGCCUCGGAGGGGAGGGGGCGGCGGUAGCGGCGGCGGCGGUGGGACCCGAACGCGGCGGCGGCGGUGAGCGGCGCGGCUGCCCUGGGGCAAUGUGGACUGGCGGUCGCCGGCCGGGCCGGCUGCGCCGGGCGGCCUCUGCCGCAGACAUGGAGAAACUCAGGCUGCGCAGCCCCUGGGUGCCCUUGUGCCUCGGGCAGCCCCGAGUACUGCAGGGCCGGCUGGCCAGGUCCUCGCCCUCGAUCUGGGACAGCGCGCUGCAGGAGCAGAAGGGCGAGCUGCGCAAGCGGCUGUCCUACACCACACACAAGCUCGAGAAGCUCGAGACCGAGUUCGACUCCACGCGCCACUACCUGGAGAUCGAGCUGCGGCGCGCGCAGGAGGAGCUGGAGAAGGUCACGGAGAAGCUGCGCAGGAUUCAGAGCAACUACAUGGCACUGCAGAGGAUCAACCAGGAGCUGGAGGACAAGCUGUACCGCAUGGGCCAGCACUAUGAGGAGGAGAAGCGUGCGCUGAGCCACGAGAUUGUUGCCCUCAACAGCCACCUUCUAGAAGCCAAGGUGACCAUCGACAAGCUGUCGGAGGACAACGAGCUCUAUAGGAAGGACUGCAAUCUAGCGGCCCAGCUGCUGCAGUGCAGCCAGACCUACGGCAGGGUCCACAAGGUGUCUGAGCUGCCCUCCGACUUCCAGGAGCGCGUGAGCCUGCACAUGGAGAAGCACGGCUGCAGCCUGCCAUCCCCACUCUGCCACCCGGCCUACGCUGACAGCGUCCCCACCUGCGUCAUUGCCAAGGUGCUGGAGAAGCCGGACCCCGCCAGCCUGUCCUCCCGCCUGUCCGAUGCCUCGGCCCGCGACCUGGCCUUCUGCGACGGGGUGGAGAAACCAGGCCCGCGGCCCCCCUACAAGGGAGACAUCUACUGCAGUGACACAGCCCUCUACUGCCCGGAGGAGCGACGGCGAGACCGGCGGCCUAGCGUGGACGCGCCCGUGACCGACGUGGGCUUCCUGCGGGCCCAGAACUCCACUGACAGCGCGGCCGAGGAAGAGGAGGAGGCCGAGGCGGCGGCCUUCCCGGCGGGCUUCCAGCACGAGGCCUUCCCCAGCUACGCGGGCUCACUGCCCACGUCCAGCUCCUACUCCAGCUUCAGCGCCACGUCGGAGGAGAAGGAGCACGCGCAGGCCAGCACGCUGACCGCGUCGCAGCAGGCCAUCUACCUGAACAGCCGCGACGAGCUCUUCGACCGCAAGCCACCCGCCACCACCUACGAGGGCAGCCCGCGCUUUGCCAAGGCCACGGCCGCCGUGGCGGCCCCGCUGGAGGCCGAAGUGGCCCCAGGCUUCGGGCGGACCAUGUCACCGUACCCGGCCGAGACCUUCCGCUUCCCGGCCUCUCCGGGUCCCCAGCAGGCCCUGAUGCCCCCAAACCUGUGGAGCCUGCGGGCCAAGCCGGGGACCGCCCGGCUCCCCGGGGAGGACAUGAGGGGCCAGUGGCGUCCCCUGAGCGUGGAGGACAUCGGCGCCUACUCCUACCCGGUGAGCGCCGCCGGCCGCGCCUCACCCUGCAGCUUCUCUGAACGCUACUACGGCGGGGCCGGGGGCAGCCCGGGCAAGAAGGCCGACGGCCGCGCCAGCCCGCUCUACGCCAGCUACAAGGCCGACAGCUUCUCCGAGGGGGACGACCUCUCCCAGGGCCACCUGGCAGAGCCCUGCUUCCUGCGGGCGGGCGGCGACCUGAGCCUCAGCCCCGGCCGCUCGGCUGACCCACUGCCCGGCUACGCACCCAGCGAGGGGGGGGACGGGGACAGGCUCGGGGUGCAGCUGUGUGGGGCCGCCAGCAGCCCUGAGCCCGAGCAGGGUUCCAGGGACUCCUUGGAGCCAAGCUCCAUGGAGGCCUCCCCGGAAAUGCAUCCUGCUGCCCGCCUCAGCCCCCAGCAGGCCUUUCCGCGGACUGGUGGCUCGGGGCUGAGCCGCAAGGACAGCCUCACCAAGGCCCAGCUCUACGGAACCUUGCUCAACUGAGUGCCUGCGUGCAGGCCUGGCCGUGGGCCCCUCCCCGCCAGCCCACGUGCCCCAGAGGGGCCGGCCUCACCUCUCCCCAGCCCCCGCUGUUCCCCCGCCCCUGCCAACAACGAGGAGUCUGUUCCUCCCCGCACCUCCUCUCCUCCCCAACCCUGUAGGCCUGAGAGGAGGAUCCCCCACACCACGGUGUCCACCCAGCCCCGCCCCGUGGAACUCCACUUAGAACGUUUUUCACACGUCCUUCCCCCAUGUGAGAGGAGCAUCCCCCCUUUUAUAAAGCGAAACUAUUUUUAUAGAGAAAAAGGGUCUUUCUUAACGCACUUGGCCUCCAGCUCCCUGGACGGCUGCCUUGGCGUUUUCAACACAAAGCUCCUUUAUUUUUUGGGUGAGGGUGCGUGGGGCCUGCCCCUUGGAAGGGAAGGGAAGGACGGUGUCCUGUGGAGACCAGACUCUGCAAGUGGGGAGACCACCCCCGCAAGCCAGUGACAAGGGAACCCUGAAGUUGUGUCCACGAAGAGGGAGCUGAAACAAAUUCGGGGCUAUGAAGUAUUUUAAAAAUCCAUUUUUCGCAGUGUGGCCACCACACCGCCCUGAGCCCUCCCACGGCCCAUAGUCCCGGGUGGGCCGGGAUGAUGCCCCAGUGCGGCCGGUGCUCAUCUCCGCCCCCGGGUCCGCCCCCUGACACCGUCUUACUCUACCUCAGACAUGAUGAGGCCCUCCAUUCCUGGUUUCUGUAGCUUGCAUUCCUGUUGUCUCUGAUGCAUGCCCUGUCAGUUAGUACUGUAUUUUGCAUUCAUUAAUAAAAGACACCGGUGGAAAGAA